ACUGAUCUACACCCUGUUUCCCCUUCUAGAACGUGGGUCGGUUCACUUUGUUUUAAGAUCAGUGUUUUGGAUUUUUAAAGAGAACCGCCCAUCUGGUCGAGUUGAGCGAGUUGUGAGUUAGAGUGAGCAGCACAGACCUUUUGAGAGACCCUUACCACAGCCCGGCGAGGCACAGUGUUCAGAAGAGUUGCUAUUUGAGAGUUGGUAACUCUAGACAAGGACUGGUAGGGUUGACGAGAGGACGCGGGGCAGGCAUGGGUUGCAGCCACAGCAAGGUGCGUGGCAGAAUUUGCAAGAAAACGAGGAAAAACAAAGUGAAAGAGGAAGAGAAGACUGUGAAAGAGGUCAACAACAGUCAAGAUGGAGAAGGAGGUAAAGUCCCUCUGGAGGAGCUGAAUGUGGGUCUAGAAACUGAGAAGCAGCUGGGUCACUAUGAGUGGCAGCUGAAGAUCCUACGGGACGUGCUGUCUGCCUCUGGGACCCAGGAGAGGGAGGAGCUACUAAAAGACCCAACCCAAGGAGAGCUCUGUGUCCUGGUCCACAACAUAAUUGAGAAGGUGAAAACAGAGACGGCUUCUGACCUGACUAUUGUCUACGGGGAGAAGACCCAGAGGACUGCAGAGCAGCACGAGAGACAGCUGGAAGAACGGCAGAGGAUCCAGAGUGAAGAGCGAAAACGGCUAACCGAGACACACCAGGCAGCAGAGAAAGUGUUGACGGAGGAGGUUAAGGAGCUGACUACAGAGCUCCACGUGUACAAUGAGCUAAAGAAGAGAGUUGACGAGUCUACCUUCAAGAAGGACCUGCAGCGGAACAUUCAGGCCCAUGGCAGUCCUGGGCCAUUCUGGGAGCAGGAGCAGGAGAGUCUGCUGUUUGUCAUUGAGAUGAAGAGUGAACGUAUUCAGGAGCAGGGGAACAAACUGCUACAGAUGCAGGUUCUGGUGGAGAAGAAUCUGUCUCUGGAAGACCAGGUCAUAAAUGUUUUACAGCAGAACGAGGACCUGAGAGUUCGGAUUGACAACCAUCAAAGCCUUAUACAGCAGCUCUCCAAGGAGCACCAGGACCUCCAAGGGACGUUAGACAGGCAGACAGGUCUCUGCCAGAGGCUCACACAGGAGAAAGAGCAGCUCAUGUUUAAACUGAAGCACAGAGACUCCUGUUCUACCUUCCCAUCCUUCCCCAUAGUCUGAGAUCUCCCCCAGCUGAUCCACCCAGACCGAACAGGACAAUCGGUUACUUCUGUCUUAAUCCUGUGUAGGGUUGCAAGCAUGGAUCCGUUAACUUUCCCAAAAUUCUAAAAUGUUUUUUUUUCAGUAAUCCCUGAUUUGGAGGAUUCCAAGAAUUAGGACGUAGCAAUAUGCAAGGAGGGAUUUCUCCAACCUGGAAUUCUUCAAGUCAAAUUUCUGAAAAUCUGGGGAUUUUGGGAACGUUUCAGGACUUUUGCAACCCUUUACAAAGGGCUAUAGUCACAUAUGUUUGAUGGAACCUGAUGCCAAAAAAUUUAGAUUAUUUUUUUCUUCCAGUGUUAUACCUGCUGUGCCUUACAGUACAUAAUGUUUCUGUAGCAGUAUGGUAUUCAUACCACAGGACAGUUUUUUGGGGGGGAGGGGGGGGGGCAUUGGGCACAGCCAUGCACUGUUGGAAAACCAAUGCAAUGUUUGACACCCUGCUGUUCAGCUGAUAUUAUAGAGUAGAUCUACAGUAGAUCAGAGUUUCUCUCCUCCAUAAGGAAUAGCCUGGUCCUUGACAGUACCAACGGAUCAGGAACUAGGCUAUGAAAUCUCAUGGAACGAUUUCACCCUCGUAGGGGCAAGCAAAGUGUUCACUUUGAUGGUUUGAAUUGCAGUUGGAGAGACAGAUGUACAAUCAUGUAGUACGUAGCUAGUAGCUACAUCUUUUUUUUAUCUACCUUCUUCCUGAGACACUAUUACGAUGUCUGUCAAAGUUUUACGUCACUGAAUAUGGAGUAAAUGUUACAGAAUAUAAUGCAGUAUAUACAAUUUAAACAGUUACUUUAGACAACUGCUUUUGUAUUAGGGAUAUGUUUUACUUUUUUGUUUCAUACAAUAUGGGAAAUGGAUUGCCAUGGUUAUUUUUAUUUUUGCAGAUGAGGACAAUGGGUAUUUUUGUGACUUUUUUUUUAAGUUACAAAGAACCAAAAGCACUUCUCAGUGUUUUUAAUUUGCAUUUCUUCUGAAGCACUAGCACUUUUAAUCAGUAUUUUACUAGUACUAAAUGUGAGAGAGGUUGCUGUAAAAAAUAUUUUUGUUUACUCUUGUUUACUCCUGGGUUUUACAUUGUUUGUUUACAUUGACAUUUUAAUAAUUUAGCCAACGCUCUUAUCCACAAAGGCAGCGGAGAGAUAUAAGAGGAGAGAGAGAGAGAGAGAGAGCUUG